AUGCUGAAUUGGGCCCUCCCCGUUUGGGGUCUUGCAGCGUACACGACUGCCCGGAACAUCAUCACUCUGCAGUCGAACCAUCAGGUGUCCCCAAUUCUUCCUCGCCCCCAGGACGAUGUUAGCAUUCAACCACUUGCAGUGCGUGCACCAGCUGGCAUUCGAUGCGGCUCCGGGGUUGGCAAAUGUCCAGAGAAACUUUGCUGCUCCACUGCCGGCUAUUGUGGGGAUUCCAGGGACCACUGCAGCUCUCCUGACUGCCAAAUCGACUACGGCUAUUGUGACGCGCACAUGACCCCAGGCGGAUCCUCCACCGAAGACAUUCCCCGUCCUCUUGACGGGGCUGCCCUUUACGGACCUAAUAUCAUUCGAUCCUGCACUGUCCCGGGUACUGUCGCUCUAACCUUCGAUGACGGGCCCAAGGAGUUCACAAAGGAUCUACUCGAUCUUCUUGACCGGUACGAAGCGAAGGCGACCUUCUUCAUCACCGGCAACAACAACGCCAAAGGUCAGAUUGACAGCCCUGGAAUGCCAUGGGCAGGCUUGAUUCGACGUAUGCACGAGAGUGGCCAUCAGCUUGCCAGCCACACCUGGUCUCACCAGGAUCUUAGCAAGAUCUCACGGUCCCAGCGUCGCAUUCAGCUGUUAUGGAACGAAGCCGCUCUGCGGAACAUUCUGGGAUUCUUCCCUACAUACAUGCGCCCUCCUUAUUCUAGCUGCACGGCCGAGUCCGGCUGCCUGGCGGAUAUGGGGGAGCUUGGCUACCAUAUCAUUCUAUAUGAUAUCGACACAGAGGAUUACAAGCACGACAGUCCAACGGAAAUCCAACGCUCCAAGGAUAUCUUCGAUAGUAGUCUGGAUGCUCGGACUGCCUUUGACCGUCCCUGGCUUGUGAUUGCUCAUGAUGUUCAUGAGCAGACCGUCCAUAACCUCACGGAGCACAUGUUGAAAAAGCUCACCGCCGAAGGAUUCCGACCAGUGACGGUGGGUGAGUGUCUUGGAGACCCUCCCAAGUACUGGUACCGUGAAGACAACACUGUCGAUGGCCGCAACUCGAGAAAGGAGGUCUUCCAGGUUCCCUCGAAGAUAGUCUCAUUCGACGGGAUGUGUGGCGGCAAUGUUACAUGCGAUGGGUCCCGCUUUGGGCCUUGCUGCAGUGGAACCGGAUUCUGUGGCAACUUGACCACGUUCUGUGGCGAGGGCUGUCAGAUUGACAACGGAGUUUGUGACAGCAAAAAGGAGGUCGUUGUCGCUGAAGAAGAACACGCCGACUUCCGACCAUCUAGCAAAGUCAUAUCGAAGGGGAAGCCUGCCAAGUCGGGUGCGAGUCGUAUGCUCCAGCCUUCGAGAUUUCCCAUCGAGCUUGCGGUAUUGCCUUUGCUUGCUGUGCUGAUCGGAUAG